AUGGCAGCAACGCCGAAUCGGCAGCCUCUGCCUGUCACACUGCUCUCGGGGUUCCUAGGAAGCGGGAAGACCACGCUGUUGAAGCAUAUCUUGACAUCGGACCAGCACUCACUGCGCAUAGCGGUCAUUGUCAACGACAUGGCGGCACUCAACGUCGAUGCGUCCCUGAUCAGGCGGCACGUGGUCUCGCAAACCCAGGAGCGUCUGAUUCAGAUGGAGAACGGGUGUAUCUGCUGUACGUUGCGGGGCGACCUGCUCGAAGAGCUGGCGAGGCUGGCCAGAAAUGGCGAAUGCGACUACAUCGUCAUAGAGAGCACCGGGAUCAGCGAGCCGAUGCAGGUCGCCGAGACCUUUACAGAGGAGUUUGCGGUCGCGAUGAUCGAGGCUGCGAACGAUGGCACGCUGGCACAGAAGGAAGAUGAGAAGAUUCUGAGAGAGAUCGCCGAACUGGGCGGACUGCAGAAGAUCGUCAAGCUGGACACCCUUAUCACCGUGAUCGAUGCGUUCAACUUCUUCCACAACUUCUCAACGACGGAUUUCAUCACGGAUCGCUGGGGCGAGGACGGUGUCGAGCCAGAGGACGAGAGGACUGUGACGGAUCUAAUGGUCGAUCAAAUCGAAUUCGCCAACACCGUUAUCCUCAACAAGGUCGACACUGUCGACAAGAACUCGCGGAAACGCAUCCACGCGAUCGUCAAACAGCUGAAUCCCUCCGCAAGGGUGUUCGAGGCCAACUACUCUAAAGUCGACUUGAGAGAGGUGAUUGGCACACAGACAUUCUCGUUCGAAAAAGCUGCUACCGGCAUGGGAUGGCUGCAGAGCCUGCAUGACCUGGCGAAGCGUGAGAUCAAUGGACAGAUCAGGGUCGGGCCGAAGCCAGAGACGGAAGAAUACGGCAUCUCGAGCUUUGUGUACCGCGCGAGAAGACCUUUCCACCCAAAACGUCUGUACAAACUGAUUCAUGAUAAAUUCGUGCUUAUGGAAGGACAACUGCAACAGGAAGAAGAUAACAUGGACGCGGACGAAGACAACCAGGAUGACGGUUCCUCUGAUGUCGACCUGGACGACGACGACGACGACGACGACCAAGAAGAAGACGACUUUUCGACAGAGAUUAAACCAGACGUCGCGGCGAAGAACAAGCAGAACGACCCCGCCUUCCGGGGCCUCUUGCGGUCGAAAGGCUUCUUCUGGCUGGCCACGCGGCCGAAUCUGCACGGCGAGUGGAGCCAAGCUGGUACGAUGUUGACUCUGCAGGGUGGAGGGCCGUGGUUCUGUGUCCUCGAUGACGCGCAAUGGCCGGAUGACGCAGAGACCCGAAAGAGCAUCGAAGCAGACUUUGCUGAACCAUGGGGCGAUCGCCGUCAGGAACUCGUCUUCAUCGGUGAAAAGCUGGAUCACGAUGGGCUUAUCGCACAAUUCAACUCCUGUCUGCUGACCGACACGGAGAUGAAGAAAUGGGAGAAGAUCAUGCGCUCCUCGGAUGAUUUGGAGGUUGUGCAUGAUAAAUUGGCGAAUGUUUUCGAGGAUGGAUUUGAAGAUUGGCCGGAGCUGCUGCACGACGAGCAUGAAGAUAAUGACCACGGACACUCCCAUACUCGGCUUAACCAUCGUCAUUAG